AUGAGGGCGGAGAAUAUUAAGAGCAUUACUGAACUGAAGAACGAGCUAGCAGCUGAGAGGGAGGAGAGUCACAAGAGCAUAACCGAACUGAAGGGCGAGCUAGCAGCUGAGAGAGAGGAGAGUCAUAAAAGCAUAACCGAACUGAAGAAGGAGCUCGCAGCUGAGAGGGAGGAGAAUAUUAAAAGCAUAACCGAACUGAAGUAUGACCUAGCAGCUGAGAGAGCUGCAAGGGAGGAGAAGGCAAAGGAGGUUGCUGCACUGACAGAGCGACUUUCGCAGGCAGAGGAAAUACUGUCGCAGCAGAAGGAAGAAACGUGCAAGAUUCUGGAGAUUUCGUGUCAGUCAACAGCCAAUAUAGAUGCUCUGGAUGAAACACGGGUUUUAAGGAAGCAGAUGGAAAAUCUUGUGACUGCAUUGACAACACAGUCGGCGCAGGCAGAGAAAACGCGGGUGCGGCAAAUGGAGGAGACGAGGAAGGUCUGGGAGGCUAUUUAUGUCACUUCGGAGCAGCGAACGACCAAAUCUGAUGCAAGGAUCAUUCUUGCUCAUAAAAACACAACAAAGUUGAAAGUGGACAAGACAGAUGAGCCACUAACUGACUGUGGACUUCUUCACCUCCCUUUCUUGACAUCCCUAAAGUGCCUCGAGAUCUCCCAUUGUGUCCCCAAUGCGGCCUUGAGGCAUCUCUACACCAUGACAUGGCCGGAGGAGCUGAAACUUGAAUCAGGCUGUUUUGACGAUUCAGAGUUUUCUGGCAUCAGCAACCUGGCGGCACUCCAUCGGCUUGAACUGAUAAAUACAGGGGUUUCAGAGAAUGGGCUGGCCCAUCUGACAUGUCUUGGCUCCCUGAAAGUCCUUAUUCUUUCACGUGGUAAUUUCGUCUCAACGGGUGGCAUGGUGCAUGUGGGGAAGCUGACAUGGCUGGAGGAGCUGAAACUUGACGGUUUCAAUAAUUCUGUGGUUUGGGGAAUCACCAACCUAAGGGGUCUUCGUCGGCUUGAAUUGAUACAUUCAGGUGUUUCGAAUGAUGGGCUGGCUCAUUUGACAUGCCUUGGCUCCCUCAAAGUCCUCGUUCUUGCACCAGGCAAUAACAUCUCGUCGGCUGGAAUGACGCACGUGGGCGAGCUGACUACCCUUGAAGCUCUGGAUAUUAGCGCGUCGCAUUCCAUGAACGAGGGUUUAGCCGAUCUCGCACCUCUGUCAAAGCUGACAUGGCUUGCUCUACCAGAGCACAUGACUUACGAGGGCAUGAGGCACCUGUUAUGUCUCAAAUCCCUCAAAACCGUUUGGUUGAGGACUUCACUUUAUAGUUCCCCCCAGCAUAUCAUUGGGCACUUGAAGACCCUUCCUUGCCUUGAGACGAUUGGGGUAAGAGACAGUCAGACAGAAAAUUUGGUUAUGGGGUGCCUUCCUCCUAAUGUGAAUGUUACUGUCAUCACCAGCCAGUCCGAGUUUUAUCCUGCCUAG